AUGGCGUCGCUCAGCCUCCUGCUGCUCAGCACCGCUCUGAUCCACGCCGCCCAGUCCCUACCUGCAGCCCGUGGCGGGGGGCGUGGCCUGGACGUGUCAGUGGGCGGAGUGAGACGCCAGCGCAGAGACCUCCGUAACCUGCUGCCUUAUGAGGAUCAGAUGAUGUCGUAUCCCGCCGUGCAGGGAGGAGGCGGGGCCAACGACCUGUACUACCAAUCAGAUGACUGGAGGGGAAGGGGCUUGGACAUGGCCCUGCAGCGAUUGGUGGAGAGAGACCAGAGGCGGGAACAGGAAGAGGAGCAGCGAGCGGCCUACCUGGCCGCUCUGCUCCGCCUACUGAGCGAGGCAGAGAGCGCGGGAUUGGUUGGCCCGGGAGACGUGGAGGUGGUUGAGGAAGAGGAGGAUGAGGAGGAUGAUCAGGGGCAACCCGGGGACUUCCAGGGCCCGGCCCCGCCAGACUAUGAUGAGACUGGUCGGGGUAUGAGCAUGGGGAGGCCCCCGGCUGCAUGGUGGGGCCUCCUGGAGCCCCAGCUUGCUGAAGCCCUGUUGGACAGGAUGGAGCCUCAGAUGGCCCAGACUCUGCUGGAGAGAGCGAGACAGGAGAGACUCCAGCAGGCGGGAGUUUCACCGGGACUGAACCGAGACCAGGACUCUCUGAGGCGUCUGGUUGCUAGGAUACUGGCCAGCAUCGGCCCUAACGACGCCCCGGUGAUCUCCUCCGGGCGCCGCACGAGGAGGGACCUGUCCGUCGCCUCAUCUGAACCCGUUAGCUCCCCCCACAGGAGAACCCGCCGUUCCCUUGAUGACAUGGCUCCUCCAUCGCCUAGCAACGACCCCCCCCUCCUCAGGGUGAAGAGGCUGGAGGAGGAGGAGGAGGAGAACCUCCGCCCCCCUGCCGCCGGGCUGCAGAGAAUGAAACGCAUCGAUACCAUGGCAACCGCAGACGUGGAAGAACUGAAUCAUGGGAGUCAAAGGCGCCGGAGGAGAGCCACCCUGAACUACGACCCCCAAAUACUAAUCGAUCAGAUUCUGGAGUACAUGAGGGAGUAAGAGGAGAGGAGGAGAGGAAGAAAGGGAGAGGAGGAGAGAUGAGGGUGGAAGGAGAACAGGCGGAUGAGGA